UACCAUUACACAAUUCAUAGCAAACUAGCAAGUCACAAAAAAACUAAGGAGAGAGAUGGAAUGGGAAUGGAGCUAUCUAUUUUUUUCUACAAUCAUCUUUUUACUACUUCUUCUACUAAUACUUCCCAAGAAAAAGACUAAUUCUUCCUACAAAUUACCUCCAGGACCACCUGGAUUACCAGUUUUUGGUAAUAUGUUUGAACUAGGAUCUUUACCAUACAAAAAAGUUGCAGUUCUAAAAGAGAAAUAUGGUCCUGUUUUGUGGUUAAAAAUAGGUCCUUGUAUUAAUUCUAUGGUAGUUCAAACAGCUCAAGCUGCUGCAGAUUUAUUCAAGAAUCAUGAUAUUACAUUUGCAGAUAGAUGUACUGUUGAUGUAAAUCAGGCACAUAAUUACUAUCAAGGGUCUAUGGCUUUAGGGCAAUAUGGUUCGUUUUGGCGCUUACAAAGGCGAAUAUGUACUGUUGAAAUGUUUGUAAACAAAAAGAUAAAUGAAACAGUGUCUGUUAGAGGCAAAUGUGUAAAUGAUAUGGUUAAAUGGAUAGAGAAAGAAGCGAAUGUUGUGAAAAAAGGAAGUGGGAUUGAGGUAACGCGUUUUGUAUUUCUUGCAUCGUUUAAUAUGUUAGGAAAUUUGAUUUUUUCAAAAGACCUGGCGGAUCCAGAGUCAGAAGAGGCCUCAGAGUUUUUCAAUGCCAUGAAAGGAAUUAUGGAAUGGUCAGGUAUUCCUAAUGUUUCUGAUAUAUUUCCAAUUCUUAAAAGAUUUGAUUUACAAAGUUUGAGAAAGAAGAUGACGCGAGAUAUGGGAAAGGCCAUGGAAUUUGGAUCUGCAUUUCUUAAGGAACGAGAGGAAGAGCCAAUUAAAGGCGGGGAGAAAAGGAAUAAAGAUUUCUUGGAUGUUUUGCUUGAAUUUGAGGGCACUGGAAAAGAUGAACCAGCUAAAUUAUCACAACAUGAGAUCAAAAUAUUAGUAAUGGAAAUGUUUUUAGCCGGUUCAGAGACGACGAGCAGCAGCGUAGAAUGGGCGUUAACGGAGCUCCUCCGUCACCCUGAAGCAAUGGCCAAAGUGAAAGCAGAGUUAUCAAAAGUAGUAGGACCAAACAAGAAGUUUGAAGAAAGUGACAUUGACAAUCUUCCUUAUAUGCAAGCUGUAUUAAAGGAAUCACUACGUUUACAUCCUCCUCUCCCUUUCUUGAUCCCAAGAAGAACAAUUCAAGAUACCAAGUUCAUGGGCUAUGACAUACCAAAAGGUACUCAAGUUUUAGUAAACGUCUGGGCGAUUGGAAGAGAUCCUGAAUGUUGGGACGACCCUAUGAGUUUUAAGCCCGAGAGGUUUCUUGGCUCGAAAAUAGACGUGAAGGGACAGCAUUAUGAGCUAAUGCCAUUUGGUGCAGGGCGAAGAAUGUGCGUUGGUUUGCCAUUAGGUCAUAGAAUGAUGCAUUUUGCUUUGGGAUCUUUGCUACACGAAUUCGACUGGGAACUUCCUGAUGGUGUCUCUCCUAAAUCUAUCAAUAUGGAUGAAAGCUUAGGGGUUACAGCGAGAAAACGCCACUCUUUGAAAGUAAUACCAAAAAAAGCUUGACAACUUAUGUAUUUUAGUUUUUAUAGUUAUGUUUUAAUUUGUGCAUAUUUUCUUACUUAUAUGAAGUAAUAAACCAGUAUUUCUGUUGUGUUAUGAACAAGUUAUAGUGCCUACUGGAGUUUGUGUUAGUACUGGAUUUGUAUUUACCUGGAUCUUUGUUAAACAAGAUUAUAAUUUGGAGAAAUUCGUAUUUGAA